GCAAUUCUAUCGGAAACAAUCACAUUGCAAAGCUUUAUUAUAUUUCUGAUUGGCAUGGUUUAGAAUGAAACUGUUUAUUCGAAUACUUUUGUGCACUUUUAUAUUAUUUUGUUAUUUGCUCCAAGAUUCCGCAUGUGUCAGCAGUUCAAAACUCUCAGCAAUGGACAAAAUGAAAAUGGAUUCAAAAGAAGUUGACAAGCUGCAACAACUUCAUUAUGGAUGGUAUAUUCAAGCUGUUAGUUCAUUAUUGGGAUCAGUUGGAAAACAAAUGUACAUGAAAAUGAAAAAACCUCAACGCCGUGCAUUUGUUGCUUGCCUAGAUUCAAUUCCAAAAGAAUAUGAUGUAAAAUCAGGAGCUCAGUGCUUGGUCAAUGCUUUUGAUGGAAAAUUGGAAAAUUACUAUGGAGAAGCUGCAUUGGAUUCUAAACUUGAUUUUAUCGACAAACAAGAAAUUUUUCCUAUAGGAAAACUAGAUGUGAAAAAGAUUAAACGAUUUAAAGUCAAGAAGCGAUUAAUUAAAUUGGAAGCACAACGGAAGGCUAGAAAAAAAAUAAAUGGAAUUCAAAUUGAGAAAAUAAAAUUAUUGAAAUUCCGAAAACAACGUCGGAGGCACUUUGCUUCACAAUACAAAAUGACUCCGAAAAUGAUCGAAAAAAUGAAUAAAAUCAAUUCGAUGAAAUAUCAAAAGAGAAGAAAGAAGAGAGUGAAAAGAAAUGUUCUCUCACUUUAUAGUAAUAAAGAAGCAAUUGAAGAAGCAAAACGAGUUGAUAACCUUGAAGGAGUUUAUUAUAAACCAAAAAAUUAUGCAAAAAUGCCUGACUUGAAAGAAAAUAAGAAAAGUUCAGUUCAGGAGUUUACAAAAAUGAUUCGAGAAUUGGCUCACAUUAAACCAACAAAAAAUAUGACGUCAAGUUAUUCAAACUUGAAGAAGCUCCAGCAUGCAGUCUUUGGUGCUCGUGAGAAGAAUAAAUUCAAAAAUCGAAUGCUUGAUAUGGUCAUUGGUAUAAAUCAUCCAUUACGAAGAAUGAAAUCAUUUAGUGAUCGAGUGAAAGAUAUAACUCCAGAUGGAAUGAUUGAUGAAAAUGUAUAUGGAUUAGUUGAUGCAGUACAUAAACAUAAUAAGGAUGCAAAUGCAAAUUUUCUGUCACCAAGAUUCAUGCCCAUUAUGCCAGAGAAAUUGAAUACAAAAAGGCAGUUGCUGUCUCCUGAUAUUUUUCCACUAUACCGUGAUGAAAGUGAUAAUAGUAUUCUUCCUCUUCCAAAUGUUAUGGAAAAAGUUGGAUUUGAAGAAAAAGAUAGAGAUGAUAUUUUGGAAUUAAUAAUGGAUAUGACUGGAGUCAAUUCAGUUGUAGAUGAUACUUUGAAUAUGGUUAAUGGAUUGAGAAGAAAUGGAUUGGACACGGAUUUAGUUGAUAUGACAUCACUCAUUGAUCAGGCCUACUCAACCCUUUCUGCAUCUUUGACAAAUUCGCAAAAUCUAGAUUUUGUCAACAAAAAGUUCACAUUUAUGAAUAAAAAUCAAAUGGAAACAUUAUACGGAGAACGGGGAAUUUAUAAUACUUCGGUAUCUGAUCUUCCAUUUGAUAUUCACGAAAUUGAUGAAUUGACUGAAAAACAAAAAGAAGAAUCCAUUCGAUUAACAAUUCGAGAAUUGGCAAAAGGAAAUGGAGCACAAGGACAUGGGGCAACUGGAAAAAGAGCAAAACGACAAGUAAUUUCAUUAUUUGGAGGAACAUAUCAAAUUGUUUUUCUUAAUCCGACUGUAUUCUCUCCACAAGCAUUUGCACCAACGAUUAACAAAUUAUCAGUUCUUGGUCCUCUUGUGAUCUCACCUCAAUUAUUUUGUCCAAGUGUGCUCUCACCACUUCUCAUGUCUCUUCCGGUUAUCUCGCCACAGGUUGGUAACCCAUUGAUCUUCUCACCAUAUGUUCUUGGUCCAAAUGUUCUAUCAGCUGCUGUAUUCAAUGCAUACGUUUUCUCUCCAUAUGUAUUAUCACCAAAUGUUAUCAAUCCGUAUGUAAUGUCUCCAUUAAUUCUUUCACCAUUUGUAUUAUGUCCAGAUGUUCUAUCUCCAACUGUUUUAUCAGGUGUUGUUUUAUCUCCUUCUGUACUCUCACCGUCUAUUUUCACAGAUUCAGCUUUAGCGGCCAACAUUCUCUCGCCAACUUUCUUGUCUUGAUUUAGAAGUUUUCAAAUGUCAUCAUUAUUUUUCAUCGGGUUCAUAAUGUAAUUGAUGUAGAGCUCACAAUAAAAUGUUAUAAAAA